GUAAGGAAAGAGUUAAUUGUUUAUCGCACCAGCUCGGUGCACCUGUGCUGCCAGGUUAUUGGAUAACAAAGGAUAGCGCAACGACUUCACUUGUUCCAUUAACAAAGAGUAAGUGAAACCUGCCGGUGGUUUCUACAAUCGGCUGAAGGGAGCAGACGAGAUCGGGGGAUGGACCGCUACAGAUACUUCACCUUCAACCAGCGGUGCACGGUGGUGUUGGCGCUCGUGCAGAUGGGCUGUGCGGCGCUGUGCGUCGCCUGCGGCUUCAUAGACGCCGUCUUCCGCCGGGACUCCGCGCUUAGCGAAACUAGGGCGCCCCUCUGGGCCGGAGCGGUCAUGGCACUACCAGGGAUUUUGGCACUGGUCUCCUCACAGAGGAAGAACCCUAUACUGGUGUACGCCAUGAUUGUGGCGUCCGUGUUGUCCUGCUUCACUACAGCUGCAGCAGUCACCUACGCCUGCUUGACCCUGAGCUACGGGGAAGAGGAUGAUGAGCUCUUUCACCCUCAUCACCUCAACAUCCCAAAUGCUAAGUUUGUCCUGAGCAGGACGGUGAAGGGAGCCAAUGCUACACUGCUGCUGGCCUGCCUCUGCAGCUUCCUGGUGACGGGCCUGAUGGCUUUCCUGGGCUGCCGGAGCCUGCCGUUCUGUGCGUGCUACGAUAGCACCACCGGCAUGGAGAUGCUGGUCCCCCAGAAUGACCACAGUUCACAGACAGAGCUGGUCUGUACCUGGCAAGGUGGCGAUGACAGGCUGUUCAAUGCUCCAGAGCAGCUCAGCGACAGGAGUACAGAGCAGCAGGACAACAUAGCCAAAGCCCCACCUUACACCAGACUAGUUUAGACCAGUUCUGGGGCCAUUGGCUCAAAGAGGUGCAAAUGUUAUAUAUAAUAUGUUUGUAUAGCCUACAUAUUUCAAUUUGCUGAACAUUUCUUCUUUAUCUUUUUAAUGCAAUUAUAGUUACUUUUUGUAAUGGAAAUCGAAUUGGCUGGAAAAUGUCUGGACUCUCGAUUUUCUGCUCUGCUUUUGUCAUACCAAAAGAAAGAGCCGAGCUGUUGUUGGUAGUAUUUUGCUUCUGUUGACCUUCUAAGAUUAACUGAUAUUUAUGAAUAAACCAUAACCUUGUUUGUAAUUUUAAAGUAAUUCUCAUAUGGCAGCAGAGUCUUCCUCCUCUGCCUGCUUUUGACUGAAGUCUGUGGUCUGGCUUCCUGUUUAAUAAAUAAGCUAUGGAUUUAUUUUACAUGGCAGUUUAUAUGUGGUGUACAUAAUAUAAAUUAUUUUAAACUAAUUUAUCUAUAUAGCCAUGAUGGAAAGAGUAACCGUAGUCUUUCCACCUGUUCAUGUAAGAAUGGUUACCUUCAAAGUUCUUUUCCCCUAUGUAGAAUUGUGCUACUGAAGAAUGGCUUUACCUUUGCUCAGAUGAAGGCUAAUAUGAAGACUAUAAUUGUGUCAUGCUAAACCUUUACCUGGUAUGCAUAUGGCAGAGUUCAGGUAAAGGCAUCUCUUAAUAUUGGCAGUGCCAUUGCAGAAGACUCAUUUGAAUCUGUAAUAUUUGCUGUUUGCAAAGACUAAAAUACUUUUUCAUUUGCUGUUUAUUUUAAUAUUUUUAAAAAUGGAAAAUGUGCCAAAGAAAUGAUUGUAUGCCUUUGCGAAGGUUAUGUAUGUUUAUGUACGCAUUUCAAUAGUCUACCCUCCGGGGGGGGGGGGGGGGGGGGUUCUUCAUAACCACUGGAGACUUGUGUCUGAACUGAUGUCAGAUGUGACUGUGCAUAUAUGAAUUGGAAUGUAUUUUUGAAUAUUUUUUUAAUAAUGAAUUUUUUGACAAA